GAUGUUCACAGAGUUACGAAGAGAUGUUCACAGUUCUAUGUUGUUAUCAGAGGAAAUAACGAUAAGGAUAUUUAAGAAUAAAUGUGCGUGUUAUUGACUGGUUUCUUGCAAACAGCUGAUUUUAGUGUCUGUCUUGUUGAAGUGAUUGAUAUACCGGUGGUCUGUUGGAAAAAGUGAAUUAAACUUUACAUUUAUCUUUCAGUGUUACUUUUAUCAUUUAGUUUUCUUGCAACUGAAGAAAAAUGUAUUCAAUAUUGUAAGAACUUUAAAUUGUUUGAGAUAAUGAAUUUAUUGAUAUCGUCUUUGUGUUAAGUCAAACAAAUUUCAAUGCAUUCAAGUACAAUUUGGGAAAAAGUGACACAAUUCAUAUUUGACAUAAAUUUUUGUUCGUCUAUUUUUGCUAUAGAAUCAAUUUUGUCAAGAAACUUACAUGUGUAUCCCCGUAUGAACAAACUACUCACUGCCUUUUAUUCAAAUAGUCAUAUAAAAGCCACAUUAUAAUUACAAUGGAUAGGAUAUCUGUGAACAGAUUUUCAUUCCGCAGGAAAGGAAGUCAUAAAAAGGAUAAACAAAAACAUGACGGUCAUGAAGACAAAAUUGAUGAAGUACAACAACAAAAGAUAAAAUAUGUUAGUCAAAAAGAAGCACAAGAAAUACAUCAAGAACUAAUCACGGAGUAUGCCUUUAGCAUUGAACAACUUAUGGGACUGUCGGGAUUGAGUUGUGCCGUUGCUAUUGCCAAUUGUUAUCCAGUAGAACAGAUGACAAAGGACAACCAUGCUGUUCUUGUUUGUUGUGGACCAGGACAUAAUGGUGGAGACGGACUUGUUUGUGCCAGACAUCUGAAAAUGUUUGGAUAUAAGCCGACAAUAUUCUAUCCGAAGAGACCAAAUAAUCCUUCGUUUGACAGUCUGUUUAAACAGUGUGAAAGCUUAGACAUGCCUGUUUUAUCAUUUUUCCCGUCUGAACCACAUUUAAUUACAGACUCAUAUAACUUUGUUGUUGAUGCAUUGCUUGGAUUAGGCUUUAAAGGUCCUGUUAGAACAGAAUUUGAAUCUGUUAUGGAGACGUUAAAGAAAAUAGAAGCACCUAUUUGCAGUAUAGAUAUUCCAUCUGGAUGGGAUGUUGAGACAGGUGAUGAAAAUGGAUUGAAACCAGACAUGCUUAUCUCCCUUACCGCUCCUAAAAUGUGUGCGAAGUUAUUCAAAGGCAAGCACCACUAUCUCGGAGGACGUUUUGUACCAAAAACGCUUGAACAGAAAUAUGAGUUAAAUUUACCGGUUUACCCGACUACUAAUUGUGUUGUCGAGAUUAAAAUUGAAAAUGAAGAUACCAAUUGCAAAGAGAAUAAUGAUGGUAAAUGUGAGAAUUAAAGCAAAGACGUUCACAAAAAAUGAGAGAAUAUGGAGAUAUUAGUUUUCAUCGAAAAGCUUUGUUUCACAUACCACUGCUGAACUAAGACCCUAGAUAAUACAUUGUGACAUUCAGGCCUUCAUAUGUUGACUACUUGGUUUAUUUUUUAACUUUGCCUUUCGGAAUGUUAUUCUUUGUUCUAUACCAAUCUUUAUGAUUGAUUUCAAUCAAAGUGCAUCAUCUCUUUUAUAUCUGGAUUCAUUGAACUUUAACCACUACGUAAUUUCUCCUAGUCGAGCUCGGUUUCACGCUGCAAAACGGAAAUUAAUGAUGACGUCAAACAUGUGAAGAUACACAAAUAUACUUUGUUUCGUUACAUCUCUCGAUCUAUAAUGAAUCAAAGAACCUCAUGACCUCGACUUAUAACAAAACCACA